AGGUGUUGGUUCUGUUUUUAUGGCAAAUUCAAAGGGCUCCUCGGGCAUCAGAAAUUUGAUGUAUUCUGGAAAGCAUGCUCUGCUUCCUCCUAAAAUCCCAUUCCCUAGUGUUUCCCAAGCUUAUGCUGAUUAUAUGCCGAAUCCUACCGUAGGUUCAAAGGUUGCGCAGAGACCAAGAGAGGGAAAUGCUUUCCACCAACGGACAUCAUCUGAGAGCUUUAUUAUAGAGGAACAACCCUCAUGGCUUGAUGAUCUCCUUAAUGAGCCAGAGACACCUGUACGAAGGGGCAGUCAUCGGCGUUCAUCCAGUGAUUCUUUUGCCUACCUGGAAAACACUAAUGUUUCUAACAUCGGUUAUGCAGAUAAGGAUGAGUUUAAAUUUAGGAAUUUAGGACCUAUUCCUUCUUGGUCACCUCAAGACUUAAAUCACAGCAAAGAUGUUCGUCAUAUGCCCAUGUAUGCAGAAAUGAACUCAACUAAAAUAAAAAAUAGGGCAUGGGACUCUUGUUUGAAUCCUCCCACACAUCCAGGUGGUGUUCCUGCUGUCAAAGAAAAUGUUGCUUUUCAGAGUUCAGGACUGUCGUGCCCGCCACAUGAAGCAGAUGGGAUUCCAUCAACGGCCAAUGAAAAGCAUGAUGUAGUAGAAUCUGGUUCACAGGAUGCAAAAUUAUCUUCAGAAAGAAAGGAUGGUUCAAAUGCAAAGUCAUCUGCUACUGAAACAGAUUCAAAACGUGCUAAACAGCAAUUUGCUCAACGUUCACGAGUCCGUAAACUUCAAUACAUAGCUGAAUUAGAAAGAAAUGUACAAGGUUUACAGGCAGAAGGAUCUGAAGUAUCUGCCGAGCUUGAAUUUCUUAACCAGCAGAAUCUCAUCCUGAGUAUGGAGAACAAAGCUCUCAAGCAACGGUUAGAAAGUUUAGCACAAGAGCAGCUUAUCAAAUAUU